AUGGCAGCUGCGGCCAGUUCGACGACACCCUUAGAUCCUCAUUUGGGCAGAGCGGCAGAUUUUGUCAGACCAGAUUUUCAUCAGGUCAACUUGGACAUUGAGGGAUUCUUAAAGAGAGAGAAAGGGUAUAAGCUUGAUUCAGAUUCUCAAAUAUGUCCAUUAUCACUUACACCACUCGGAUGUCCUCUACCACCUUCACAAUGUCCUUAUCGACAUACUGUACCUUCACCUGCAAACUUCACACUACCACCGCCCCUUCCACCACAUCCAAGAGAAAGAGAAAAGAAAUUAACAGUGUGUAAACAUUAUCUGAGAAAUUUAUGUAAGAUGGGUGAUAAUUGUGAAUAUACACAUGACUUUAAUCUAAGAACAAUGCCAAUCUGCAUAUGGUUUGUCAAACAAGGUAAAUGUGAAUUAGGUGGUGAAUGUUUAUAUUUUCAUCCAAGAGAUAGAAGAGUCGAAUGUCCAGAUUAUAAUCGUGGUUUUUGUGUUAAUGGUCCAGAAUGUGAUAAACGACAUGUAAGAAGAAGAUUAUGUCAAGCAUAUCAAAGUGGGUUCUGUCCAGAUGGUAAGAACUGUAAACUGUCUCAUCCCUCACCGAAUCGUCCUUCACCUGAAGAAUACGUCAACCCAAUCCCACCUGAUCCCAAACAGUUCACUGGUCCUCCACCACAAUUACCAGCAGGAUACGGCCGAUGGCGAGAAUACAGAUAUGAUCCUAACGCUGUGGUGGUUCCUGCUCCUGCUUGGGUAGAAGGUGGUUCUUUGAGUGGUUGGAGAGCAGGUGGAUUCUUAUCAUCAAAUGCACGUCGUGGGCCCGGUGGCGGUGGCGGCGGUGGCGAAGAUAGAGACAGUGGUGGAUCAAGAGGUCAUGAUGGUGGUGGUCGUGGUGGCGGUGGAGGAGGGGGUGGCGGGGGACCCGAUGGAUAUGAGAAGAAAACUGGUUGGGUAAAAGACCUAAGUACUGUGCUUUGUUUCAGGUGUAACACAUACGGUCAUUUCGCAAAUACAUGUCCUAAUCAAGCUGUUCCAGGAGAUAGAGGUGGAUUGAAGAAAGAGUGA